CUCUCUGUGGCACUCAACUGAACUCAGGAUGGCGUCUUCAGCUGCCUUACCACUCAAAGUAACAUCAACCCCUUCCAAGCCAGAGCGUACUACUACCCCCGCCGCAACUGCAUCGACUGUUGGCAAGCAGACCAGUGGGGUCUCUGACCCCUCUGAUAUAUCUAGCCCUCACGAACUGACUGCUUAUGUGGAGAAUCUCUUGGAGCAACUCGACGCCAAGUUCGACGACAUGUCGUCGCAGAUCCUCGACCGCAUGAUGCAGAUGUCUGGUCGUGUGGACGCACUGGAGGCCUCUAUUCAGGAUAUCAUCAAUGGUGAUACCAAUCCGGCUAACAGCCUGCCAUCGUCACCCGCAGCGACGGCGACGAAUACACCAGGCCCUCCCCGACGGAGCGGGAGUACCGCGUCGUGAUCCUUGGAUUGUUAUGUUUCAGCUUGUACAACGUAAACCAUAGCAUUUACAAAUUUC